AUGAGAUCAUCAGAAGUUGCACACUUUGCCAAAUUUUUCUUUUCCUUCUUCACUGUAAAUCAGCAAGGCACAUGCGAAUUGAAAAUGACUUCGCCAGGUGCUAGAGAUAAAAAAUUUCAAAAGAAUUCACCACUGCCUGCCACCCCACCAACAAUAAAGAAUAACGAUGGCAAUAAAUUAAUUUGA